UCCUGGGGUCAUGAAAUCUGGAGUAGUCUAUUACACAAUCCUGUGCUGGUGAAACAGUUACAUCCAGUGUGGACCUUGACUUUGCAGACGCAUUAAAGUCAGUCCACAGAAACUUAAGGAUAAGUUCAUGCAGAGCGUCCAGUGUUGACUGAGAAAAGAACUUCACUCCAUUCAGUGAUCUCAUUAUCUGGAUCAGGAGGACUGCCACAACUCAAGUCUGUAAGCAUGGUGUCAGCUGUCAAUUUAACAACGUAUUUGUUCGAGGUGAUCCUGUCACAUCUGGUCUUAACCUCUGCUGUACUUCUGGUCGCCCUCACUGCCAUCAGCUGGUACAUAAGAGAUUCCCACAAGGUGGGUGGCUUCAGCCAGAAGCAUGUGUUCAUCACAGGCUGUGACAGCGGCUUCGGGAAUCUGGUGGCCAGACAACUGGAUGGAAAGGGUUUCCACGUCAUAGCUGCGUGUCUCACAGAGAAAGGUGCAGCAGAUUUGUCUGCGUUGGCGUCCCCCAGGCUGAAGACCCUCCUGCUGAAUGUGACAGACAGCGAGAGCAUCAGGAGGGCGGUGGAGUUUGUGAGCAGAGAGGUCGGAGAGCGAGGUCUGUGGGGGCUGGUGAACAAUGCUGGCAGGUCCACACCCAUCGGCCCAACGGAGUGGAUGGAUGUGAAUGAUUUCACCAAGGUCUUGGAUGUGAACCUGAUGGGAGUCAUUGAGGUGACCCUCCAGACUCUGCCCCUGCUGAAGAAGGCCCAGGGCCGGGUGGUGAAUGUGGCCAGUAUUCUGGGCAGACUGUCUCUCACUGGUGGAGGAUACUGCCUGUCCAAAUAUGGAGUGGAAGCCUUCUCUGACAGCCUCAGGAGGAACAUGGUGCACUUCGGCAUCAAAGUGAGUAUCAUCGAGCCUGGUUUCUUCAAGACGGCUGUUACCCAGCGGGAUCUUAUUGAAGCCGACCUGAGGAGGCUGUGGGCUCGCCUCCCACAAGAAGUUAAAGCCUCAUAUGGACACACAUACAUUGACAACUAUGUGAAGGCUCAGAACUUCUCUCUUGGCAUACUGUGCAGUCCAGACCUCUCCAAGGUGACCUGGUGUAUGGAGCACGCGCUGACGGCCUGUUUCCCUCGCACACGUUACAGUGCAGGCUGGGACGCCAAGCUGUUUUGGAUUCCUCUUUCCUAUCUCCCUUCAUUCUUUCAAGACUUUGUCACCAACUUGCUUCUUCCUUCACCUAAAGAUGAACGCAUGUAGGAAAAUGAGAAAAUAAACAUUAUGACAAUGACCAGGGGAAAAAAACUGUCCGGGCUCUGUUACAAAAUAGGAAUUUUAUUCAUUCAUGUCUCAGCAGCAGUAUGGAAACCACAUGGGCACGUUUCUCCAUGAUCACAGAUAGUUUUUAUUCGUCCUCAUUAAGAUAUAAAAUAGAUCAUUCUGUAAAGAAUUUAUUCACCACAUUAAUAAAAUGACUCUCUACAGCC